UACGCUGGCAAUACACCGAAUGACCUAUUGAGGUAUUGUGUGUUGUUAGGUAUGAAAUUAAUUGUUGAUACUCAUAGGUAUAGGCGAAGCCGAACUGGGUCCUUGCAAGAGAAUGUGCGCCUGAGCUCGGGCAGGAUUGAUCACCCUCCCAUGCAAUCAGGUAAACAUAUGAGCAUAAGGCGAGUCGAAUUGGGUCAUGUAUGUGAGUGUAUGCCUGUCGAGUAUAGGGCGACAGGACUCAUGCGAGCAGAUUCAAAGCAGAAGGAGAAAAUCGCCCUUCUCUCUUUGACUGGUAAUUUACCGAAGCACGCUACCACAAAUUCGAACCUUGAGCAGCGGCGGUGGAGCUUUUCCCAGACGCCGAGCUGCGAUCUAACCUACGACGAGCCCCGACCAACUGCUGUUGAGCUGCCGCGAGGCUGGAAUUCGCGACACCCGACCACCAUCGAACGCCAAAUCGAACAUCACCGAGAAAUUUCAUCUCAGCCCUUGACCCUCAGACAACGAGGAGCGAACGACGAGGAUAUACGUCGUCCACGGGCCUUCAAGCCGGACAAGAGGCAAGCAAUGGGUUGCAGUGGCAGGUACUACGUGUUCGAUUCCCGCUGGCGACUUCGACCAGUCCACCGCCGCCGGCAACGCCAAACACAUAUCGGUCAGCCGGUGUUUUCUUUUCUUGGUGCGAGUGAAAACGAGAAACAAAAGCGGUCUUCAAGGUCGUCCUUUUCUGUGAGCAGCAGCCCUUUGUUCAGAUGCUUUUGCAGUUGUUU